AUGAACGUCUUCGAAGGAAUCGAAAAGAGAGUUGUAAUCAAGCUGAGGAAGGAAUGCUUUGAGAAGAAAAAGAAAAUUUCAUCCCUCUUGGAUAUCUCCAGAGAAUUAUGGGAGCAGAAACUAAACCUUAUCGGAUGCAGCAUCGUGUCAGAAAUAGAAGAAGAUGUCCAGGCACCAGCUGAAGAAAGAUGUAGAGUGUAUCUGCUGUCAGAAAGCUCCCUCUUUAUUUACACAGACAUGGUGUUUAUAAAAACUUGUGGAAAAACCAAGGUCCUGUUUUUCAUUCCUUUUCUGGUCGAUUUGUUAAUACUCAAGUUGACGAAUGAAUAUGCUUUGAAGGCCAAUGGAAUGUACGACGAGAGUUUUCUUUCCCAAAAUGAUCUGAUCGACAUUAUCGAGUUCAUUGGGGACAAUUUCGAAUACGCAUUCUUCACACAUAUGAAUUAUCAGAACAAGACGAAGGAUGGUUACUACGAGCAGGAGUACCCGCACAAGUCCAUUGAGGAUGAGAAAACAUUCUUCCAAUUUUUCUUCAAGACUUUUCAGUUUGCCAACACGCCCCUGCCGCACGGGAGGAACCACUACAUCUUCUUUGCGCAGGUGAAUCAGCUGGUGAGCGAUGCUGCUAAUGGAUCGACGAACGGAACCACUAAUGGGUUGGCGAACGGGGCCGUCCACUUCCCCCCCAGCUCUCACAAGUUCUGCUCCGAAAUGCACCUGUUCGGAAUUAACAAACAUAGCGAGAGGGCCAUGUUUCACGAACUGUACCUGAACGAGGACUCCCUAGGGAUAUUUCACUCGGGAGGGGAGCCACAGAAGGUGUAUGAAGAGAAUGAAAAAACGGACAUAUGCUGUAGCGAAAAUUCGUAUGACUAUGCAGAGUGCAGUUCGAAAAGCACGACCAACACGAGUUGCCUGUACAAGGAGACGAUGGCUCCAUUUCGAAGCGCAGAGGAUAUGGGCUACUACGGACAUCCCCGCAAAGAAGCGUUCUCCAAUUUUCACUUGAAAAACACCGACAUGAGUAGCAAAAACUUGGAUGAAACCAUUCAUGAGGACACGGUGUCGUACAGGAAUGAUGAAUUCCCCCUGGAUGGCAGCGGUCACAACAGGGGCAGCAGCGUCGGAAUUGGUUGCUGGAUUGCAGACGCCAGCGAAAAUGCGAAGUCACUCCUGCUGCCGUCCACCUCGAACGAGAGCAAAUACAUGCAGAGGCAAAUCGCACACGAAAGCUCAGUCUCGAACAUGCAGUGCGAAUUGCAGCCCUUGGAUGGCAGAACUCAAAGGGAUGUUAAAGUUGAACAGAAGAGGGAAAAUAACACCGACAGCAACGCAUACCUGAACGAAUUUUACCCGCGAAGUGAAUCCAUGGCGAAGGACAGCGAAGUCGGAGGAGGAGGCGCUAUCGGAAUGGGAAGCGGAAUGGGCGUUAUCACCACAUCAUCUCACUGCAGCUCCAACGACAGUAGUGUCAUUCACUUGAGGGACGCCUACUCCAGUUUGAACAGCUUCAGCGCCCUGGAUAACUGCAUCAGGGUUGCAGGAACAGAAUUAUCCUCUUUUCCGUCGUCACCUAGAAAUAGCCAACAAGUAAAACAGAUGAAGAGCCCCAAACCACAGGUGCACGUGAAGAAGAUAGAUACCAAUUUGUACGAAUGUUCCAGCCUACAAAAUAACAAGGAGAAAUUUCUUUACAACGAGUUUUACUUUACACCAUGCGGCUAUUCGUGCAAUGUAUCACAGAAGAACAACUAUUUUUGUGUUCACUACUCGCCGGAGGAUUUGGUGUCGUACGUCUCUAUAGAACUUGCGAGUGACCUAAGAAGCGAGAGCUUUUUCAGGUUUAUGGCGAACCAGCUGAGUUUUUACGGAGCAAAGGUGUUUUACGUGAUGAAUUAUCAUUACGAUGUUGAGGGAAGCAGCAUUGGAAGUCGUGUCGGAGGAAUGUCUUCUUCACCCACCUCGGAGGCAACACUCCUGCAUCGAAAGCUCUGCAACAAUAUUAUAGUGAACAAUGAGCAAUACUACGCUAUCCUGUGCAUGAAGGAACUUACUAUGGGCUUCCUCAAAAUGCAAUAUUUCGUAUACGAGUUGAAAAGUGUGAACGACGUUAGUGGAAUCAAUCUGUAUCUUCCGAGUGGACGCCAGGAAGCUGGAAACAACUUCGCUGUGACUCCUCUACCGAACCAUGUAGUGAAUGACAUGUAUACGUAUAGCUACCUAUUCUGCAAGCAAAACCGAGUGAUGAUGGUAGAUAUGGGGACAGAAUCUGAGAGUAACGGCGGAAGCUUGCACCCUAGCAAUCCCCACAGGAACAGUGACACCGGCUCGAGUAGAAACUUGUCUGAAGAUUCGCUAAACCUAAACGUAGGGGGGACAACCCAAUUUGAUGGCGACUCGAAGGAAGUAAAGGUGGCACGUCUUUCCCGAGAAGCCUUGGAAAGCAGCUCAAACAGUGCAGACGAUCCAAAGGGCAGCUCCCCAACCAGCAGAGUAGACACAACCCAAACGAAUGAGGAAGAGUGCCCAGAAAGGAAACAUAAAGAAGAAAUGACAGACUACUACCGAAGGAACAAAAUAGAGAUGUUCACGUUGAGCAGAAUUCUAAAUGAAGAUAUCGACACAUCCGUUGUGUGUAUAAAUUUGCAGAAAAUCCUGGCCCAGUACAUCCGAUUUAAGAAGAAUCUGCCAAGUGUAACUCCCUUCUAUUCCGUUAAAAGCAAUAAUGAUGAUGUAGUGCUUAAAUUUUUAUACGGAUUGAACGCCAAUUUUGACUGUGCAUCUGUUGGAGAAGUAAAAAAACUGACAACGUUACUUCCAGAUCUGGCUCGAGAAAGAAUCAUUUAUGCCAACACGAUAAAGAGUAUCCCAUCUCUGAUCUAUGCAAAGAAUGAAAACAUAAAUCUGUGUACCUUUGAUAACAUCGAAGAGUUGAAAAAGAUACUGAAAUAUCAUCCCACCUGUUCUCUCCUUCUCCGCAUCAACGUCGAUUUUAAGAAUUACAAAUCAUAUAUGUCGUCGAAGUACGGAGCGAAUGAACACGAAUGGGAAAACAUCCUCUCCUUUGGAAGGAAACACAACUUAAACAUCAUCGGGGUGUCCUUUCAUGUUGGAAGCAAUACGAAGAAUCUUUUCGAUUACUGUCAAGCCAUUAAAUUGUCAAGGGACGUUUGGAACAUGAGCAACAAAUUGGGAUACCAUUUUGAAAUUCUAAACCUAGGGGGAGGCUACCCAGAAGAAUUAGAAUACGAUAGUGCCAAAAAAAAUGAGAAGAAAAAAUAUUGCACGUUGAAUGAAGCCGAGUUAAAGAAAGACAUACAGAGCUUCCUUAAUGACAAGUCGGUCAUGAAAACAAAGUAUAACUUCUACAACUUUGAGAAAAUUGCGCUUGCCAUUAAUAUGUCCAUCGAACACUAUUUUAAAGAUAUAAAAUCCAAGCUGCGAAUCAUUUGUGAACCCGGAAGGUACAUGGUUGCUGCUUCGUCUACCCUAGCUGUCAAGGUUAUUGGCAAGAGGCACCCCACGUUCCAGGGGAUUAGGCUAAGAGACUUAAGGGGCAUGAAUCCGCUUGAUUUUGCGAAGAGGGGCGCGCAACCCGUGGGGGGGGGCAGCGGAGGAGCGGACAGAACCGAGGGGAACAUCGACGAAGGGGACCGAGGCGAGGGGAACGUCGACGAAGCGAACAUCGGUGAGGGGGUUAUCGGUGAGGGGGUUAUCGGUGGGGGGGUUAUCGGUGGGGGGUAUAGCGACCAUGUGAGCAACAGCCAAGGGGGAAAGACAGACCGACAGGAGGGGGUAGACGGAGGUGCUACUCAUACGGAGGGAUCAAAGAACGCAGAAAACGCGGAAGAGCUUCUCCUACUCAGCCACACCAACCUAAGCGAAAACCUCAGCUGUAACAGCAAUUCCAAGUUAGGAAACAUAACAAACAUAAAGAGGAAGGUAGUCAGCAUUAACGACAAUCGAUACAACUACUACUCCUACUACGUCAGUGACAGCAUAUACGGCUGCUUCAGUGGAAUCAUAUUUGACGAAUAUAAUAGAUCCCCAGUGUUUGUAAUUCGAAACCAAGGAGAUAGCAGUACGGCAUGUGAUGAUUUGGUAACUUCUCCCAUAUAUCUUGCCAACAUUUUUGGACAAUCCUGUGAUGGGCUGGACAUGAUCACCUCCAUUACAUACCUACCAGAAUGCUACAUUAACGACUGGAUUAUUUAUGAAUAUGCGGGAGCAUACACGUUUGUUAGCUCGUCCAAUUUUAAUGGGUUCAGAAAAUGCCAGAAGGUGUAUAUUUUCCCGAACAGCUCCUUUUCCUUUCUCAAGUGA